AUGGGUAUCAAGAACAAGGCCUACAAGGGCCUGGACUUUACGGUGUAUCCCAUCACUGAGAAGAAUAUCUUCGCUUGGGAAAAGCUCGCCGGAUUUUUCAGUACCAUAUACGUUCCUCCACGAUCUAGUCGAGCCAGGAAGCCGCCUGUUAAGUUGGGUUUCCCGGUUGCAGUUGCAAAGAAGCACAAGCGAAGUCAACAAAACCGGCCAGGCACGCCCACCAAAACAUUAGACUGCAUGGAGGUAUCCUCCAGUCCGACACCUGCUCCUGCAGCACGCAAUAAUCAUGAUGUACCCAAUGGGGCAGUAUUCUCUGCCAAGGCAUACAAGCAUGCACCCCCUGGAGCAGUAGCCUCCAAGAUGACGCCCCAAGUCUUGAGGACGCUGCCGGAACCAUGCAGUUCUGAAGUAUUCGGAUUCUGGCUCCUAGAUCAUGUUGAGUAUAUCUACACGGAGUAUAGAAGUUAUUGUUUGACGGACGAUGAAAAAGGUUUUCCAAGGAAAACAAAGCUCGGCAUGCUCGAAGUCUCUGUACCAGACAACGGACCAGCCAUUCCGUUCGAAAUCAUGUCCGCCAAGCACCCCAGUUUCCAGAAACAACAGCUCCUACAAGGAUUGCAGUUCAUUUUCUAUUCACCUGAGUCACUGGUUCGAUUUACGAAUAUCUUAAUCUCAACCCUUUUCUUAAAACACCUUUUGCCCGUCGUGUCAUGGGUUCAUAUAAAGCUGGUCAUUUUCGAACCCACGUGUCUUCCUCAAGCACCGGAGCUGAUGGCUUGGAAAAGGAUUGGCGUUGGCCAAGACCCCCCUACUUCUUGGACUUUGGCCUAUAAGCAUUAUGAGGAUUGGAUGAAAGCUGUGAGGUGGUUUUGCAAGCUCCCGCUGGUAGCCCUUGUCACUCUGCACUUUCGCUACCCUUAUCGGAAUUUCGACAAUCUUGAAUCUCUGUCGAGACCACUCCGAAUAACCGAUAAUCUGGGAUUGUUGACUAUCGGCUUUGCAGGGGAAAACUAG